AUGCCCCGAUACGUUGACAGCAAUCCGAGGCCUUCCAAGAGUCCCCGGCACCAAGGCCACCAGUCUGUUCAUAGCAGUAGCUCCAUCCAUAACACGGAAGGUCCAGACUAUCGAUACAGCGCUUUCCGCGGCAUGUCGAACGGCGUUGGCGAUGUCUCACCCGGUGGCAGCGCGGCACCGUCAAGGGACUACUACCCGCCCGCCAACACAUGGUCCACAACUACGGCUGCAGAGCCCAGUUCGAACCUCUCCUAUGCCGGAAAUGACGGCAGAUCUUACCCAGGGGUGUCCUCACUGAAGCACGAGCCUGGCUCGUACAGUAACAGCGCUCGCGGCUCUUUUGAUACAAUGAAUAACUACUCAUGGACAGCUGCUUAA